GAAAUUUUCAAGGCCGACUAUUCGAGCAUUCAUUGGCCAUCCCAGCGAGAUAACAUCUCUAAGUUUGAUCUUUACACACCACAUAGUUGGUUGUACAACAUUGCAAUGGCGAUCUUGGAUUUGUAUGAGAAGUUUCAUUCUACCUGGUUGAGAAAGAAGGCAUUGGAUCACUGCUAUGAACACAUCAAAGCUGAUGAUGAAUUCACUAACGGAAUCAGUGUUGGUCCAAUCUCUAAAGUGAUUCAGAUGUUGGCAAGAUGGCAUAUUGAUGGAGCUGACUCAGAAGCUUUCAAGAUGCACAAGGAUAGACUCCCAGACUACUUGUGGAUUGGUCUAGAUGGCAUGAAAAUGCAGGGAACCAAUGGCUCUCAGCUUUGGGAUACAGCCUUUGUCAUACAAGCUUUCUUAGAGGCUGGCGGCGAGGGAGAGUUCAAGGAUACUUUAAGCAAGGCUCAUGACUUCUUAAAGAACACGCAGAUACCAGAGAACCCUCCGAACUAUCAAAAGUACUACCGCCAGAUGAGCAAGGGUGGUUAUCCCUUUUCAACCAAAGACUGUGGAUGGAUUGUUUCAGACUGUACUGCAGAAGGUCUUAAGUCCGCCAUGCUGCUGGAGGAGAAGUGCCCUUUUAUCUCUGAUCAUAUAGGCAAAGAGAGACAUUGCCAAGCCAUUGAUGUGUUGAUUGAUAUGCGUAACCCGGAUGGUGGGUUUGCUACAUAUGAGACCACGAGAGGAGGAUAUAUCCUUGAGAAGCUAAAUCCAUCAGAAGUUUUCGGUGAUAUCAUGAUAGACUACACAUAUGUGGAGUGUACAGUAGCCGUCCUGCUUGCCCUUCACCAUUUCCAUACUCAAUAUCCUGAGUACAGGACUGACGAGAUAAGAUCAGUCAUGGACCAAGCUCUUGAUUACAUCAAAGGAAAACAGCAACCAGAUGGAUCAUGGGAAGGGUCGUGGGGAGUCUGUUUCACAUACGCUGCCUGGUUUGGUCUGGAAGGAUUUGGCUCCAUGGGGCUUAGAUAUGACAAAGAUCUUGCUAGCAGUGAAGUGAAGAAAGCUUGUCAGUUCUUGGUUUCUAAGCAGAUGGAAGAUGGAGGAUGGGGAGAGAAAUUUGAGUCGUGCGAGGAGCGAUGCUACGUCCAGUGUGAGACAUCACAAGUUAUCAACACAUGCUGGGCCUUGCUAGGUCUUAUGGCAGUCAGGUACCCUGACCGUAGAGUGAUGGAUCGUGGCAUACAGCUCAUCAUGUCAAGACAAAGUGAGAAUGGAGACUGGCCCCAGGAGAACAUCAAUGGUGUAUUCAACAAGUCGUGCGCUAUCAGCUACACCAGCUAUCGCAAUAUCUUCCCCAUCUGGACUCUAGGACGCUACGCCAAACUAUAUCCAAACGAUGCAUCUCCCUUAGAAGACAAGUCGGACAGUAACAGCUCAGACUGGGAAAAACUCUAGUCUUCUCGGUUGAUGAAAAAGUCAAACCUGCUAUAGCCACCACCUGUAUAGAAAGAUUACCUGUCUAUAAAGACCACCUGUCUGUAAAGACCACAUUCUUUGUGUCCCUCAUAUAUGGUUUCUCCUUGAAACAUGUACUAAAGGAACCUUCACAUAAAGACCACCUGCCUAUAAAGAUCACUUUUCAUGUUUCCCUGGAGCGGUCUUUAUAGACAGGUUUCACUGUACAACCCUGAUUAGACAGACCCUUUCCAUACAUAGGCUAAUCCUGAGGACCUUGCUCUUCACCAAUCAAUGAUAAAUGUUUUGAUGAGGGAUAUCAAUUGUUCUUUCCUUCAAAGGGAAUUUUUUUAAUUGUAGAUUUUGAAAGGUAACGCUGUAAUGAAAGGAA